GACGAGUCCGCCGGCGGUGGCGGCAGUGCCGUCGCGAUUCAACCCGAACCUCUCGAGAACGCGUGCUUCCUGCUCGAGUGCUCGUCAUCGCUCGCGUUCAUCGCGUUCAUCUGUCGACGAUCGCGAGGCAAAUCCAAUUUCAUCGAAUUCGCCAAUUCGCGCGCGUCAUCAGGAUUAUCGCGAGAGAGGGCGGACUCCAAGAUGCAACCUCAAAUAAUCCUGCUGAAGGAAGGCACGGACGCGUUCCAGGGGAAGCAGCACGUGAUAUCCAAUAUAAAUGCGUGCCAGAUUGUCAUGGACGCCGUCAGGACCACCCUGGGUCCUCGCGGCAUGGACAAGCUGAUAGUCGAUCAAAACGGGAAGGGCACCAUCUCCAAUGACGGCGCUACCAUCCUGAAACUGUUGGAUGUCGUUCACCCCGCCGCAAAGACUCUGGUGGAUAUCGCAAAGUCGCAGGACGCAGAGGUUGGGGACGGCACGACCAGCGUGGUGUUGUUGGCCGGCGAGUUCUUGAAGCAGAUGAAAGGGCAGAUAGAGGACGGCGUGCAUGCGCGCAUCAUCAUCAAGGCCCUCCGUCGCUCGCUUCAGAUAUCCAAGGAUAAAAUUAACGAGCUGAGCGUGAAGAUCGACAAGAGCGACAUGAGCAAGCAGAUCGAGCUCCUGGAGGAGUGCGCGGCCACGUCCAUGAGCUCCAAGUUGAUACACCAACAAAAGAAACAUUUCAGUAAACUGGUCGUCAAGGCUGUCAUGAUGCUGGACGAGCUACUUCCUCUCAACAUGAUCGGCAUUAAAAAGAUUUCCGGAGGCGCGCUGGAAGACUCGGAGCUGAUCCAGGGGGUAGCCUUCAAAAAGACCUUCUCGUACGCCGGCUUCGAGAUGCAACCGAAGAAGUACGAGCAGUGCAAGAUCGCGUUGCUGAACAUCGAGCUGGAGUUGAAGGCCGAGCGGGACAACGCGGAGGUGCGCGUGGACAAUGUGGCGGAGUAUCAGAAGAUCGUCGACGCGGAAUGGCAGAUUCUCUACGACAAGCUCGACCAGAUGCACAAGAGCGGCGCGAAGGUGGUGCUGUCCUCGUUGCCGAUCGGCGACGUCGCGACGCAAUAUUUCGCGGACAGGGACAUGUUCUGCGCGGGCCGGGUGCCCGACGAGGAUCUCAAGCGGACGAUGAAGGCGUGCGGUGGCGCAAUUUUAACGACGGUGCAUGACAUCAAGGACUCGGAUCUCGGCAGGUGCCAGACCUUCGAGGAGAAGCAGAUUGGUGGCGAGAGGUUCAACAUCUUCUACGAGUGCUCGCGAGCGAAGACGUGCACGUUCAUUCUGCGCGGAGGCGCGGAGCAGUUUCUAGAAGAGACGGAGAGGUCCCUCCACGACGCGAUUAUGGUCGUGAGACGCAUGGUGAAGAACGACGCGGUGGUCGCCGGCGGCGGUGCCAUUGAGAUGGAAAUUUCCAAGACCCUGCGCGAUUACUCGCUCACCAUCGCCGGGAAGGAGCAGCUCUUGAUAGGCGCGGUAGCGAAAGCUCUCGAAAUUAUUCCGAGGCAACUGUGCGAUAACGCCGGCUUCGACGCGACGAAUAUCUUGAACAAAUUGCGCCAGAAGCAUCACAAAGGCAUGCAGUGGUACGGCGUCGACAUCAAUUCAGAGGACAUCGCGGACAACAUGCGGUGCUGUGUCUGGGAGCCGGCGAUAGUGAAGAUCAACGCGUUGACCGCUGCCACGGAGGCCGCCUGCCUCAUCCUGUCCGUCGACGAGACAAUCAGGAACCCCAAGAGCAGCCAGGACGGCCCGCAGCCGCCGAUGGGACGCGGCAUGGGCAGACCGAUGUAAUCUGUCUGCGUUCGCUUAAUUUCCUCAAAACUAACACAAGAGAAUUGUAUAACGAAACGGAAGCACAUCUUACGAACGCAGGCGCCGUGGCGCGUCCCUGUAGCCUUGUCUCUCGUCAUCUUUUGUACAUGCUAAUAUUUAUAAUGAAUUACAAUGAGAUAACGAGUGAUUUCCUGUUUAAAAUAAAAGCUUAUUGUUUCUUAGACAUGCGAAAGCAUUGUGUCUACGAAAGUUGUAUG